AUGGGUGACAAGUCGUGCUACAUGGGCGCUGGAGGCUACUCGGGCUACAUGGGAUCAGGAACUCAAGGAACUGGUUAUGCUAGAGAAGAAUACGCUGGAAACAUAGGAAGUAGUUGUGGAGGUGGCGGUGGAGGUGGCGGUGGAGGUGGCCCUGAACGUGGCCCAUAUUUAGGAUGUACCGGUGCAUAUGGUGGACCAUAUGGUUCAGCACCAUCACAAGAUACGACACCCAAACCGCAAAGCAACUACGCAGGAAACGUGUCCGGUUCAGACGCACAAGCAUCGUGCUAUUUUGCACCAAAAUGA